AUGAAGAGCGCCUUAGCAGCCAUGAAAUUGAAGAUAGAGCUUUCCACUCUAGAACGCGAACGUCAGAAGAAAACUCUCAAGAUACAGAAGGAACAACUUGCACUACAAAAAAAACAAGCUGAACUGCAACGUGAACGUGAGAAGGAACAACUAGAGUUCCAACGUGAACGUGAGAGGGAACAGCUUGAACUCCAACGUGAGCGUGAACAGGAAGCCCUUAAAGUAAGAGAAAGAGAACGUAAACAUGCUGAAAAACAAGCCGCCAUUGCUCUAGAAAACGGUAGAAAAGAGCUUGACUUGGAAACUACACACCACACUCAGCGCAAGGAAGCGGAAGCUAACCUCCAGGUUUUCCACAACUGUUUCCGUCCAGGAACUGUGAAGCACCUCAGGAAGCAGAGCGGACAUGCCCAGGAAAGUCAGAGCAAAUGUGAUCAUAUCUUCUCUAACGACCUGUACGGCCCAGUUCAACAACAAUCUAGUACUUCGCUGGGUCCUGCAGCACAACCUCAACAUCCUCUAGGACCUCCAUAUUCGUCGGUCCCUACAUUAGGAUCAGUUCUCGAAACUACGAUGACUCCUGUAGCACCAUGUGAACAUCUUGUAUCACAGCCUCAUUCGGUUCCUACUGCUGACCCAGUUCUCCAAUCAGCACUUGCUACGCUGGGCCUUGCAUCUGAUGAACCAUCUCACAAUCUCCUCGGAUCACCACUCUCGCUGAUCCAUUCAGUAGGCUCGUCUGUACAACAAACUUGUACUUCACUGAGUCCUGGAGUGCUACCUCAACAUCUUCCACAAGCACCAUUCUCUUCAGUUCCUGCAGCAUACACAGUUCACCAACCAGCACCUACAUUUGCUUCGCUGGGCCAUGUAUUUGCAGAAUAUCAACAUCUUCUUUAUCCAGGGCUCCGACAACGUCGUCGCCAACGCGCUCUCCAGAGUCCACUAGGUGGACUCUUCCACUUCAACUCAACAGGUCAAACCCGCACGUGUUUCCGGUGUGGUGCUAAGGGCCACGUAGCGGCCGGUUGCGACGCUCCUUGUGCUGAGGCCCCUUCAGUUUUCCUGGAGGAUGACUUUCUCCGCUUGUCUGUGCGUGGGGAUUCCCCGACGGAUCCUGGUUCUGUGCAGGUGCCUGGUGUGGUUCCUGCGGCGAUUCCAGCUGUCACUCCGUCUGGACCUGAUCUGUCUGCCCCACCAGUGAGCUCAGGGGACCUAUGGGCGCCUGCUUUGGACCUUCGCCGUUCGGUGGAUGUGACGGUGCAUCCUCAUCCGGUUGCUUCCGUGGUGGCCUUGGAUGGUGCUGUACAAGUGGCGGCUGCAUCUCCUGCAGAAGAACAUGUGCUUGUCGGGGCGGUGGUGAGUAUGACUCCGCCCAUGCCCUCUGCAUCGUCGCCUCUGGUAGUUUCCUCGUUGACGCGUGCCUCUUCUCCUCUGCCGGUUCCGUCGCCCUCGCUGGAUACCUCACGGGGUGACAGUUCCUACGAUCAACGGCCUAUUUCUAUGCGCCGUCGUUCGGCUUGGGAUGCGUCACCUCACCAGACGUGGGCAGAAGAGAGUGAUGCCAUGGAUGAUGAUGCUGUAGGCGGCGAUGUGCUGCCUUCUGUGUUGGACACUGUGCCCCCUGCUGGUGGCUCUCCUCAGUGGGCGGUUGCCCCUUGUGACCGUGACCUCGUCGUGGUGUUGUCGAAGGAUGUGCGACAGGGGUACUCUGCUCCUGUUCCGGUUGGCAGAGGCCCUGAGGCGCCUGCGGUGCCACCCUCCGCUGGGCUCGAACGAAGUGUGCACCCUCGUGUGGGGCCCGAUGGGCGGCCUCCGCCCGCUGUUCCGGUAUCUCCUGCUUCCUCGGCGGCGAUGUCCCGGGCUUCCGUGUUGGGUCGGUGGCGCCCGCUUCCGCCGGAUGUGGUAAUCCCCGAACAUAUGGAGUACCCGCGAGUUCGUGAGGGCCGUGCCCCUACGGAACUGGAGUAUUUG